AACCUGAUUUGGUCGUUUGCUUCCAGUUUCGUACGAAGGUUUGUGAAUCAUUAGAGUAACCUUAGUCGUCCCGUGACCUUCAAUGUGGGGAAAAGGUUAGACGAUGAUGUCACCCCGAUUUAUUAAAUUCAAAGCCCAUAAUUCAAGGUUCACAUACCGGAGGUUCACUAUUUAGAGGUUCAAAAGAGCCUUCUUGGUUCGUAGGGAAUUAUACUUGGAUAUACUCACCAGCUGUUACGUGUUGGAGAAAUUUUAUAAUUUCAGCUCUGUGAUGAUGAAAAGUCUUAAUAUACGCGUCAAAAUUUGCCGGAGCGAAUCGCCGCCAAGUACCCUAAUUGAAAUUCUAAUUCAAUAUCUAGUUGAAAAAUUCGGGGAAAGUUUUUUUCCUAUGGAUUAUUGUUUGCUAAGGUACUGUAACGAUAUUUAUAGAGAGAGAGAGAGAGAGAUUGAAAGUGAAAGGAAGAGAGAAAGAGAAAGACAGAGAGAAAGAGAAAAGGAAAAGAAAUAAGAAAGGAUUAUCUCCGCUAAUCCAAGGUUCGCAAAGCGAAAUCGUCUUCUUCUCUGUGGAACGUCGUGGAAGUCAGACGUGCCAAAGACAAGGUCGUUGAAUUGAUAAUUGGCAUAGAAGAAAUUAAUUAACAUAUGGAGUCAUCCAUGGGAAAAUGAAAGCAAAGAAUCCCAGCAACUGCAGCCAAAAAAUUACCAAGUAACAUCACCCACAGGGAAGCAGCCACCAUUUACGUCGCUCACGAAAGAUAAGUCGCGCAAUAUAUCUCUCUCUCUCUCUCAUUUUACUAUAAAAUUGACGUCUUUUAAACAUAUCUUUGAUCUUUUUAUAUAUAUAUAUAUAUUAUCUAUAACUGUCAUGUUUAAUUUAUUCUAAAUGUACGUAUGUCGUUAAGCACCGAUUUUAUUUAUACUAUUUUAUUUUUACACAUUAUUUAUUUAUUUAUAUGUCCGAAACGUUAAUGAUUCGUUUUUAAUUUCUGUUCUUUGCCAGACUAAUUUUACUGGUCUACAUACAUAUAUAUUUAAAAUUGACUGACUAUCAAAUGAGGGCAUAUUUUCGUCUAUAAAUGAUAAAAUAACGGCCCCUUUUCAAGUUUACGGACACAAAAGACGGUUAACCGAUUUUAGUGGAUGUGUGCGAAUAUUAGUGCGUUUUGAGUGAUUUCAUCAGUUAGGAAUUAGGCACUCAAUUUCUUUAUUAUACAAAUCCAAAACUGUUCGAAUAAUUUUUCAUUUUUAUUUGGAAAGAAUUAUAGUUUAAAAGAAAAAGAAAUUGUAAUAAAUAAUAAUGAUAAUAUUCGAAUAAUAAUAUACCUAUAAAUUUACUACAGUACCCAGAAGGUAUAUAAAUUUUUUCAUCUCUUAAUUUCCAUAAUAAAUAGGUUAAAAUAUUUUUUUUCUGGUUCAAGUGUCUGAAUCGGUCAGCACGCGCAAAACUCACUUCACUUUAUUUUCAUCUUGGAAUAAAAAUCAUAAAUACUUGUAGCUGAGUUGCGGGAGACGAAACUUGUUUUGUAGAGGAAAAUUCCUGCUCGUUGAAAAUUGUUCGUCGGAUUUUCGACAACUGCAAUAGUUUUUGAAAUAUUCGCACAAAACCAAAUAAUUGACUAAAUUGUUAAUAACUUUUGCAAUUUUUUCGUCCGCUACUACAAAUUUUUCAAAAAGUUUCUAAACGCCAUGCGGAAUCGAAUGGAACUAGAAUUCACCAAAAUGGUACAAGUGGACUCGACUAUAUUCCAGCAUUUAUAAUACACGGCAUGUUUCUAGCAUAUUUUGACCCGAAAACAAAACUCAUCGCCAAGUACAUUAACUUUUCCAAAUCAAUUGCCACCGAAAAGUCAUUCCCCGAGAAUGUUCGUAAAAUCAAACUCUUCGGAGAAAAAAGGAUCCAAAUCAAUCAUUGUGCCAAGUACAUACUAAGCAUACGUUACUAUGCAUCGUACAUAGAAUUACUAAAGAAGACUAGAAUUAUCAAUUUAAUGAAUAUAAAAUUUGAAAGAAAAUGAAAAAAUAAAUAGAAUUAAAUUUGAAAAUAAAAAUAAAAAGACAAAGAAAAUUAGAUCAAAUUUGGAAAAAAAUAAAAUAAACAAGUGGAGUAAGAGGUCCUUGAGGGGCUAAUGUUGUAUUGCUAAACAAGUAUUCUAGAUUUUGUUUUUCGAAAAGUCCGCUUCAGGGGGCUCUGGUCCGUUAUUCGGUGCCUUUGUAAAUUGUGCAUGUUUCGCAUGAUUGGAGUUGGAGUUGGUAUCAGUGACAGCUGGUUUGCAGCCUCGCAGAAAUAAAUCACUUACUAAUUGGAACUGAUUUUAUUCGUUUGUAGCUGAGUGAUCUGUUGUUUUACCGAGGAGUGAGCUGUAAUUAUAUACGACUGCGUUCACACGGAUGACACACAACCAUGGAAAAUCAAGCGGUGGUGGGGUCGCUGGGACAGCCUCAAUAAAUCAAGAAAAAAGGGACAGUCUGACGAUGGGGUCCUUCGGCGUGUACAUGUCCCAGUUGCGGGCCAUGCUCACACGAAAUCUUCUCCUGAAAAAACGAGACAAGCGGAAGACAACGGCGGAGAUCAUAUUGCCGCUCUACACCCUCGGAAUUCUUAUAAUCGUGAAAGUCUUGAUACCAAAUCCAAAUUAUCCUGCGAUGACGACGCCGAGGGAGAACGGUGAUGUGUUGGAGUACUUCAACCCGAUGCGAAACCACACGAUAGCAGUGGUGCCCAACUCUACCGAGACUCUGAAUUUUCUGCAUGCGAUGAAUACGCUGUGGCUGUCGAUGUGGGAUACCCCGUCGAAGCUACCCUUAAAUUUCAUGGUCUUCGACACGAAAGAUGAUCUGCAGGCGGCUUAUUGGCGGGAUCCUUAUAGUGUGCCGCUCGCUGUGAUAUUCGAGAAUCCCUCGCCGAUAUCGGAACGUCUCGAGUACGAAAUAAGAACAAAUCCUUCGUACCUAUCGACACCUUCGCCAACCGAGAUGUACUCAUCACCUGUGACCUGCCGGAAAGAUACUAACCAUUGGAUGGGCGGAGUUUUGUCUAUAGAAACCGGAGGCUCGUGCCCAGUUACCAAUUAUUAUUAUUCCGGAUUUAUUGCUCUCCAAAUGCUCCUCGACGUUACAAAGAUAAGGCUCAGAAGUGAAAGAAACGACAUCACAAUACCUACGAUAAAGCUAGAGAUGUUUCCAAAGGAGGCGUACACCGCAAACUGGAUCCUUUACUUCAGGGUUGUCAUUCCGCUCUAUAUGGUUCUGGCCCUGUCGCAAUUCAUCACUUACCUGUUGAUAUUAAUUGUCGGUGAGAAGGAAAACAAAAUCAAAGAAGGAAUGAAGAUAAUGGGUUUGAAGGACUCCGUCUUUUGGCUUUCGUGGUUCAUCAUCUACGCAGUGUUUGUUUUGUUACUUUCCGCAGUUGCUGUCGUCCUGUUAUUCACAUUGCAGAUGUUUCAGCACACACAUUUUUUACCGAUAUUUCUUCUGGUGGUUUUAUACAGUUUUUCCGUAAUUAUGUUCGGGUUUAUGAUUACGCCAUUCUUCGACAAGUCAAGGACCGCUGGAGUACUUGGUAAUUUUGCAGUGACGAUAUUGAGUCUCAUGUAUUUCAUACAAGUAUUCGUGGACGACUCAAGCUCAAUAGCGUUUUGGGUGGCUUCGUUGAUCAGUCCUUCUGGGGUUGCUUUAGCCAUGGACAAGGCGCUCGUCUUGGAUCUUCAAGGGCAAGGUGUGAACUUUGACAACCUUUGGUCUGGUCCAGGUAUACCAUUCGGUGGAAGUCUUAUUAUGAUGACGCUGGAUAUAUUUCUCUACAGUUUGCUGGCCUAUUAUCUUGACUCGGUUGUCCCCAGUGAGUAUGGGGUCAAAAGAACGCCUCUCUUCUGCUUCACUCCUGGAUUUUGGUGCCGAAGGAAGGUGCAACGGGUGCCCUCGUCGAACGGAGAGUCAAAUUCCUUUAUUCCCGGAGAAGAAACGAAUCGUGACGUAGAACCCGUGGUACGGGAGAUGAAAGGAAGGGAGGCUAUCAGAAUAGUUGACCUCUACAAGUCCUACCAAAAAUGUCGGAAGCCUGAGGUAAAGGCUGUGAACGGAAUAAACUUGACGAUCUACGAGGGUCAGAUCACGGCUAUCUUAGGUCACAACGGUGCAGGUAAGACGACGCUGUUCAACAUUCUGACCGGGUUGACCGCGCCGUCCGGUGGCACAGCAUUGAUCUUUGGCUAUGACGUGAGGGAUCACAACGACAUGCAGAUGAUUCGAAGUAUGACCGGAGUCUGUCCGCAGCAUGACAUUCUUUUCGACCUAUUGACGCCGAGGGAACAUUUGGAGUUCUUCGCAGCUGUACGAGGGAUACCACGGGCGAUGAUCGAUGUUGAGGUGAAUAAGACGCUCAAAGACAUCGACUUGACUGAGAAGGCGGACGCUUUUGCCAAAUACCUGAGUGGUGGACAAAAGCGCAAGUUAUCCGUAGGGAUCGCCAUUAUAGGCGAUCCGAAGAUAAUAAUUCUAGACGAACCUACGGCGGGAGUCGAUCCCUACUCGCGACGUCAAAUGUGGUCCUUCCUCCAGUCGAGACGCCAUGGUAAGGUGAUCCUGCUGACCACACAUUUUAUGGACGAAGCUGACAUUCUGGCGGACAGGAAAGCCGUCAUUAGCAAGGGAAAGUUGCGAUGCUGCGGAAGUUCACUCUUCCUGAAGAAUAAAUUCGGGAUCGGAUAUCAUCUGACGCUAGUACUAGAGGGAAAUCCUCGGGAGCAUGCAAUAACACGUCUCGUGUCAUCCCACGUAUCCAAAGCGGAAAAAGCGCGACGCCAUGGCCGCGAGCUUAGCUUCAUACUUCCUCAUAAUUCUGUUGAGAACUUCGCUCCAUUAUUUUCAGCCAUUGAGCAGGAAAUUAAAACGAAGAGUAGCAGACUUGGAAUCAGCAGUUAUGGCGUUUCGAUGACGACGUUAGAAGAGGUUUUCCUUCACUUAGAAAAGGACGAAGAAACCGAAUGCACGAUGGAUAACUUGUCGAAAAAAAUGGUCCGGAAUCGAGCUUUGAGCAGGUCUCUGUCGCUACAGUCGAAAAGCACUUCAUACCAAAGUUUACAAAAUGAGGGAGCAACCAUUCAAGCUGAUGGCCAGGUCAAAGCUGCAGGCGACCUUCCCGACAGAGUGCAUAACGAUAAAAAUCCAGUUAUACUGGGAUUAGGAUUAGAUCCCAUCAAGACUCGGCCAAACUUUUGUCAGAUAUUAAAAGCAAUGCUGCGAUUGAGGCUACUCAGGUUGUUCCGAAAUAUCCAGCUUCUUUACUUUACAAUUGUUGCUCCGCUGGCUCUCGUUGCGCUCGCCCUUUACAUCAACAGUAUCCAAACGGUUGAUAUUAAGAUGCAGUCUCUUCAGCUGAAUCCCGAAACGUACGGUGAGGAAACGAGGAUUCUUUACACAAACAAUACCGACGUUAACAUUUCUUCCCUAAUGAAUUACAUAAAUACGCGGGACGCAGUAGAGGUCAACGAGUAUGAUGGGAAUUUUGUUGAGCUGCUACACGCUGCACCAAGUAUGGCAGCCUUCAAUGUAAAUGCGUACAACUUUACAAAUCUUAAUCUCACGAUGAUGUACAACGACACGAUGCAACAUUCGCUCCCCAUUUUGGUUAACCUAAUUUCUAAAGCAAUGUACAGAUUGUUCACCAACGACAACGACCCUCGACCCAUUGAGGUCAAGACACAUCCGUUUCAACAAACUUCUCAACCUCAAGAGUUCAACAUAGGCACUGGAAGUUCGGCCCUCUUUAUCGGAAUGAUAUUUGUGCUGAUACCCAUAAUACUUGCCGUUGAUAUGGUGUACGAUAGAGAGAUAAAGGCAAAGAAUCAGCUCCGGGUAAACGGGCUUUCUUUCUCGAUGUACUUUCUAACGUACUUCAUUGUCCUCGUGGGAUUGAUGGCGUUCAUCAGUCUCUGCAUCCUAGGAAUAAUAUUUAUAUUCAAUGUCCCGUCUCUUCAGGAACCACCUGCGCUAAUAACCUUAGCUGUUUUGUUAAUGCUUUACUGCCCCUCCUCCAUUCUUUUCUCCUCAUGCCUAAGUUAUAUUUUCGAUAAAAUGGAUUCCGCUCAAAGUAUUCUACCGAAUAUAGUGACGAUCCUCGGAAUGGUACCUUUCCUUCUUGUCAUGGGACUCGACAUGUUGGGGCUGGGUGGAACAGCGGCUUUCGCUUUGCACGUUGUUCUAUCUCUCCUGAACACGAUGUACGUUCCGUACGCGGCUGUUUAUUAUGUGGAUCGUGUCCACCUGAUGUGUUCGAUAAACGCAGCGUGUCAUCACCUAACCAUGUCAGAUUAUUUUACGACGGAAAUCAUACUGAUGGCCGUCGGUGUCAUACUCCACAUACCGAUUUGGUUCAUCGUUUUAAUUUUAUUGGACGUCAAAAAGACCGGUGGAAACGUUGGUGACGCCCUCAAAUACUUUCUGCGUAACGGGGGAUCGAUAGGUGAGGAAAUAAUGGAGAACUCGGACGUCGGUGAACACGAAGAUGCUGACGUGAAAAUGGAAAGGCAAAGAGUCUUCAACUUGAUGGCUUCUUCCGUCCAAGAGCCACCCGUCGUAAUGGUCCAGAAUUUGCGCAAAGAGUACCGAAACCGUGGAGUUGGUUCGUGUAACUGCUGUACGAAAAGGGAGGAAGAGCAGCCAGCACCAAAAAGAAAGGUGGCGGUACGCAAUCUUUCAUUGGCUGUUGAGCCCGGCGAAGUAUUCGGUUUACUCGGACACAAUGGUGCCGGUAAAACGACUACGAUGAAAAUAAUCAUCGCUGAAGAAGCGGCGAGCAGAGGACGGGUUCAAAUAGGAGGUAGUAAUAUAACGUCACAAAUGACAGAGGCCUUCCGACAAAUGGGUUAUUGUCCGCAACAUGAUGCCCAAUGGAAGAACAUCACUGUCAGAGAACACCUCGAAUGUUACGCUGCGAUACGUGGAGUACCGUCUAGCGACAUCGGCAGAAUUGUGGAUCUCUACCUGUCGGGUCUUCAAAUCCACGAGCACGCUGAUAAACAGUCACAGGAGUGUUCGGGUGGUACAAGAAGAAAGUUGAGUUUUGCAAUGGCUAUGGUUGGUGGUCCAAAGGUUGUCCUAAUGGACGAACCAAGUACAGGAAUGGAUCCACGUUCGAAGAGGUUUCUCUGGGACACAAUCCUAGCAAGCUUCCAGCUUUCGGUUGCACAGGGUGGUAGAGGGGCGAUUCUGACUACCCACUCGAUGGAAGAGGCGGACGCCUUAUGCUCUCGAGUGGGUAUAAUGGUGAAGGGUGAACUUCGUUGCAUAGGAUCGACGCAGCACCUAAAAAAUCUCUACGGCGCUGGUUACACCUUGGAGAUGAAACUCCUCGGAGGUGAUUGCACACCAACCACUCCUUCUGGUGACCGUAUUUCAGGACUCAAAGAUUUUGUUGCCGAUCUCUUCCCCGAUGCUACUCUUGAAGAAAGUUUCGCAGACCGACUUGUAUUCGGCGUUCCACAACACGCUGUUCGAUCUUUGGCCGAAUGCUUUACUCAACUAGAAAAAGCAAAAAUCGAAUUGGAUAUCGAGGAGUACAGCUUCAGCCAGACCACUUUGGAACAAGUAUUUUUGAAAUUUUCUCACUACGACGAAGUGAACGGAAGCGAAUAAUAUGGACGAAAUAUUAGUGUUUCAAAUGAUAAUGAAAAUAAAUUACGAAAUAGUCGCACUAUAUGUAAUAAUAAAACAACAAUAAUAAUAAUAAUCAAGAUAACAUUUAUAAUAAUAAUAAUAGUCACUAAUAAUAAUAAUAACAUUAA